GGUGCUGGCGCGCGCCGACGCCGCCUCCUGGUACAGCUGCGGACCGACCGUGUACGAUCACGCACACCUCGGCCAUGCGUGCUGCAGAGUCCUACCCUCCUAUGUUAGAUUUGACAUCAUCCGGAGGGUCCUCACCAAGGUGUUCGGGUGCAACGUCGUGAUGGUGAUGGGUGUGACGGACGUAGAUGACAAGAUAAUCCGGAGAGCCAGCGAGAUGAACGUGACCCCCGCUGCCCUUGCCAGUCUUUACGAGGAAGGUUUUAAGCAAGACAUGGCCGCCUUGAAGGUGCUUCCGCCCACCGUGUACAUGAGGGUGACGGAGAAUAUCCCUCAGAUAGUGUCUUUCAUCAGCGGGAUCAUCGCUCGUGGGUAUGCUUACUCCACAGCACAAGGAAACGUCUACUUCGACCUGCAGGCGAGAGGAGACAAGUACGGCAAGCUGGUCGGCGUGGCCCCCGGUCCCGGCGGAGAGCCAGCAGCUGACUCGGACAAACGCCAGCCCAGUGACUUCGCCCUCUGGAAGGCAGCUAAGCCCCGGGAGGUGUGCUGGCCCUCCCCAUGGGGCGCGGGGCGACCGGGCUGGCACAUCGAGUGCUCCACCAUCGCAAGCACGGUGUUUGGGAGUCAGCUGGAUAUCCACUCGGGCGGCAUAGACCUGGCCUUCCCUCACCACGAGAACGAGAUCGCGCAGUGCGAGGCCUUCCACGGGUGCGAGCAGUGGGGGAACUACUUCCUGCAUUCCGGGCAUUUGCAUGUGAAAGGCAGCAACGAGAAGAUGUCCAAGUCCUUAAAAAACUUCAUCACCGUCAAGGACUUCCUGCGCUCCUGCUCCCCCGACGUCUUCCGGCUCUUCUGUGUGCGGAGCAGCUACAGGUCAGCCAUCGACUACAGCGACAGCUCCAUGCUCGAAGCCCAGCGCCUGCUGCAGGGCCUGGCCGCUUUCGUGGAGGACGCGCGUGCCUACGUGAAGGGGCAGCUGGCUGGGGGCGCCGCCGCGGAGGGCGUGCUGUGGCAGAGGCUCGCCAGUACCAAGGGGGCUGUGAGGGCCGCGCUGGCCGACGACUUCAACACGCCGCGGGCGCUGGAUGCCGUGCAGGAGCUUGUGCAGCAUGGGAACAGACAGCUGCGGGCCGCGGCCGAGGCGCCUGCCGGUCCCCGAAGCCCUGCCGUAUUGGGUGCGGUCGUCUCCUACGUUGAAGAGUUUUUUGACACUGUUGGGAUUUCCCUUUCGAAUCAGCAGUGUGUUGCAGGAGACGGCAGCGCGGCCACUCUGCACAGUGUGAUGGACGAGCUGGUGCGCUUCCGGCUGAAGGUCCGGCAGUAUGCGCUGGCCACACCGCAGGCCACCGGCCAGGCCCGGCAACAGCAGCUCCUGGAGAGGCAGCCCCUACUGGAGGCCUGUGACACCCUGCGCCAGGACCUCGCCGCACAUGGCAUCAGCAUUAAGGACAGAAGCAGCACAACGUCCACGUGGGAGCUGCUGGGUCAACGGACAGAAGACCGCGGACCUGGGAGCUGAGGACACAGCAGCCCCGGCACCGUGGGCACCCCCUGGCGUGGCCACCCGUCAUUCCAUCCGCAGAGCCCGGUCUGUGGCGUGCACAGCUGCACCUGCCACGUGCUAUGGCCGGCGACUGUCCAGGGGCCAGUGGGCAGAUGCUUCUGCCCGUGGGCCCAGAGGACAUGCGCUUGGCCUGUGCUCACGGCACCGGCAGCCGGGCUGGACUGGGCCCUGAGCGGGGAUGGAGGCUGCUGGCCAUCUGAGGAAGGGGACAGGAAGCUCUGGAGGGCGCCUGGGCCAGCUGCAGCUGCUCCCAGAGUACCUGGACAGGCGGUGACCCAUACCAUACAAGUGGUAAACACGGAGCCCCCGCACUCACACACACAUGUAUGACACACACCUGUGCUCCCUUUUCUGAUUAUAAACGUGCUGACCACAGGAAGAGCUAGUGUCACCUGGUCACAGCCGCAUGGCCCUGUGUGGUUGGCAGUGUCUGGGGUUCAGGGGUCAGGACUGGGAGGGGGUGAGGGGCAGGGAAGCCUGAGUGGACAGGGCUCCCAGUGGGUUGGCGGGCAGGCAGUGAUCCCUUGGUCCUUACAGGACACGUGGGUCCCCAACGCUGCUGGAACUAAUGUGCUCCAGGAGGCUAGCCUCUCAUCACUGCGGAAGCAACUGGGUGGUUAGGACCCAAAGAUUCGGGGAGGGAGGUCCCCAGGGCCUACACCACCGGCUGCUCCCUGCUGCACCCAGGUCCCAGGGAAGCUCCUGGAGAGUCUCCAGCUGAAGCGACCAAGCACACGUGUAAACACAGUUGUCAUCAGUCCCCACACAGGCCUACUGCCCAGGAAGGUGACUGUUCUCUUCAGUGCAAAUGCUCAGUAACAAGCCUUAAAAAUGUCCCCUGUAAUUUUGUUACAUUUUACUUUCUAUGGAAAA